AUGGCGACGUCGCACCGCGACUACCACGACGCCGUGCGCGCGGCGCUCGAGGACGCCUUCGCGCUGCGCUCGGCGCCGUCGAAGAAGAUGAGCGGCGAGAACCGCGCCGAGGUGGAGUACGCGGACGCGCCGAGCCUGCUGAUGCCGAGCGCGGAGAUCACGCGCGGAUGCGCCGAGGACGGCGCGUGCCUGAUCGAGCGCGCGGUGAACAGCGCGCGCGUGAGCGUGCGGGUGCGGCAGUGCGAUGAACUGGAGGAAAUCUUGGCGCGGGCGUUCUGUAAGUCGCUGGGGCGACGCGCGGACGCGUUCGAGGUGCUGCGGCGCGCGCCGGUGGAGGGAUACGACGUGUCGUUUUUGGUGCUGCUGGCGCACGCGGAGCGAAUGGAGGCGAAAGGGUUGGUCGAUUUCGUGGUGACGUUCAUGGAGGACGUGGAUAAGGAGAUCAGCGAGCAGAAGUUGAGCGUGAGCAGUCGGGGACGAACCGUGGCGGCGGCGUACUUGAGGCAAUUCGCGUGA